CCGCUGACCUUUGACCUGACUGUCCACAGCCUUCGAUACGCCUACCGGGAUGCCGUACGGCACCGUGAACCUGCUGCGAGGUGUCAGUCCCAGCGAGACGCCGGUCACCUGCACCGCCGGCGUGGGAACCUUCAUCCUGGAGUUCGCCGCGCUGAGCCGCCUCACCGGAGACCCGACGUUCGAGAGCGCGGCGCGGCGCGCUCUGACCGCCCUGUGGAGCACCAGAUCUGACAUCGGACUGGUGGGGAACCACAUCGACAUCGUGACCAGGAAGUGGGUGGCCCAAGACGCCGGCAUCGGCGCCGGCGUCGACUCGUACUUUGAGUAUCUGGUGAAAGGAGCCAUCAUGCUGCAGGACCAGGAGCUUCUCAACAUGUUCCGAGCAUACGAUCAGGCCAUCCAGAACUACACGCGUUUCGAUGACUGGUACCUGUGGGUCCAGAUGCACAAAGGAAGCGUCACCAUGCCGGUGUUCCAGAGCCUGGAGGCCUUCUGGCCCGGCCUGCAGUCUCUGCUGGGGAACCUGGACAGCGCCGCCAGAACCUUCCAGAACUAUUACUCUGUGUGGAGGCAGUUUGGAGGCCUGCCGGAGUUCUACAGCAUCACGCAGGGAUACACAGUGGACAAGAGAGAGGGGUACCCACUGAGACCAGAGCUGAUGGAGAGCGCCAUGUACCUGUUCAGAGCCACAGGUGAUCACACCUACCUGCAGUUCGGCCUGGACGCCGUGGAGUCCAUCGAACGCAUCGCCAAGACGCCGUGCGGCUAUGCCAGCGUCAAAGAUCUCCGGGAUCACCAGCUGGAUAACAGGAUGGAGUCGUUCUUCCUGGCUGAAACCAUCAAAUACCUGUACCUGCUCUUUGACCCCUCCCACUUCCUGCAUGGCGGGGGGGUGGAGGGAGACGGGUCGUGGGAGGGAGGCGGAGCCAGCGGCCAGUGUGUUCUGGGGGCGGGGGGAUUCAUCUUCAACACCGAGGCUCAUCCUCUGGACCCGGCGGCGCUGCACUGCUGCAGCCGCCAUGCGCAGGAGCGCCGCGAGCUGCAGCACCUGCUGCUGGGGCUGACGGUGCCCGCCGGCCAAUCAGAGCGGCCCGCCGGCCAAUCAGAGCGGCCCGCCGGCCAAUCAGAGCAGCCCGCCGGCCAAUCAGAGCAGCCCGCCGGCCAAUCAGAGCAGCCCGCUGGUCAGACUGAGGACCCUCCCCCCAUCCAAUCAGAAAGCAUCGCUCUGAAGCCUGGAGAGAAGAAGGCCCCGCCCCCUCUCUCCUGCCCCGUUCAGCCAUUCGGCGCUCGGCUCGCCAUCCUGGGCCAAGUCUUCUCUGAUGACACCUGAGGCUCUGAUUGGCUGUAGGUCCUAGACUCUGAGGCGCCUCCGGACUGAUGGACGUCAGUUUAAAGUUUAUUUUUAUUUAUUAAAAAUGUUUCUGAGUUUUCAGACUCUUUUCUUUCCUGGAGGCGACGAUUCGGUUUGUAGGAAAUCAGAACCAGGAUCCAAACCAACAACCUGCAUCUCUGGUUUAGUUUCAGUGAUUUGACUGAAAAAUAACAAACAUUUAAAUUAAAUGCAAAACAUUU